AGUACAAAUCUGACUUUAAAAUGUAAUAUAUAGAUGGCUUUUUCCCACCAAAAAAAUUUAAUUUAUCAGAUACUACUACAGAUGGCAUCCUUUGACAACAUGUGUUUAUCGCAAAAUUCGUCUUAAUACCUGGAAAAUGGUAAUUAUGAAAAAUGCUUAAAUAUUAUCAAUCAAAAUGUAAGAACGAACGAUUUUUAGUGUUGACAUUGAUUUAAUAUCAAUCUAUUUAAUAAAUAUAUUUUCGUGCAGAUUUUUAAAGUUUAAUAUGUAUAAAUAUGAAUAAUAAAAGUGAUGGUUUCACAUUUGGUUUUACUACUGCCAGUGGUAAUUCAAUCCAUGUGUCUGAGAAAGCUUUAUCAAAAGCAAAAGAACUCUUUAAUAAUGAGCUUAAAGAAAGUGAUAACUCUAAUCAGAAUUUCAAAGUUGAAAAUGAAAUUAAUACAUUUAAUGCGCAAAUACCAGAUGUUGGAUUUCAAACUGCAAGUGGUCAACGCAUUAAUGUGACCAGUGAAGCACUAUCAAAAGCAAAGAAACUCUUUAAUAAUGAGUUUAAAAAAAGUGACAACUGUGAACAAAAAUUCAAAGCUGAAAAUGAAAUUAAUACCUUUAAUAGGCAAAUACCAGAUGUUGGAUUUCAAACUGCAAGUGGUCAACGUAUUAAUGUGACCAGUGAAGCACUGUCAAAAGCAAGAGAACUUUUUAAUAAUGAACUUAAUGGAAGUGACAACUCUGAACAAAAAUUCAAAGCUGAAAAUGAAAUUAAUACAUUUAAUGCGCAAAUACCAGAUGUUGGAUUUCAAACUGCAAGUGGUCAACGUAUUAAUGUGACCAAUGAAGCACUAUCAAAAGCAAAAGCACUAUUUCAAGAAGAAAUCUCCAAAGAUUUUGAAACUAUUCUUGCAUUACCUAAACCAUUGCAGAAGCGAAAAAUUAAAGAUGUAGAUGACAACGUAUCUUUGAACAACAAAGCAAAAUCUAGUCAGUUUAAAAAGUUACGAUUUAGUAAUGAGUUUCAAGACUUAAAAUCUACUCAUAGAAACUCAUUGAAUAAUGAAGAAAAAGGAAAUCAAAGCACAUCUUCAGUAUCUAUGCAAGUAACUACUGAAACAAGCAAGGAAAGUGAUGAAAUAAUAGAUAACUAUGUAAUUUCACAUGAAAUAGCUAGUGCAGUAGCACUUUUAGCUGAUGAAAAGGAUUUAGAUUUCACUGAGCAACAAAUAUCUCCUAAGGAAAUUAAAGAAAAUGAUGAAACUGAAAAUACUCCAUCUAGCCCAGUAAUAGGAGGACAAUUUAUUCGUAAAAAGCAAAGGAGUACAGGUAGAAGAGAAGCUACAAAUACCUCAAAAAAAGUAGAUAAGUUGGCAUGUUUAUGUAAUAAAGCAGACAAAUUUAUAGAUAAUUUAGAAAAGUUAAAUGAUAAUUAUGCAAGUUCGAACCAAUAUAUAAAUAGAAAAGAUAAUUGUUUAACAGAGAAGCAAGAUCUAGCAGAUAAACCAGAUCAGUAUGACUCGGCAGUCGUUAAUGAUUUUAGUGACUCUCAAUUAAUGAUAGACUUCAUAAAUCAAUCUGUAACUGUAUUAGAGAAACGUUUAGAAGCUGCUUUAGAACAAGAUAAACAAAUUAGUAUGAAGCAAAAAAGUAAGCCUAAACCAACAAUCAGCAAAUUAUAUUUUUACAGAAAGAGUAAUAUCAAUAAUCGUAUAUCAUGGAAAGAAAUUAGUAAGGGAGAAAAACCUACUCUAUGUACAUAUGAAGAGCUUGUUAACAAAAAAUUACCACCUGAAAUUUUGGAUCUAAGAGCUGAUAAUGCAACAAUGUAUAAAUUUCAUUGUGCAGAUUUUUACGGGCAAAAUAUUGUGCAAAAUAAUAUUGAUGGUAUAAAAUUGGAAGACGGAGCUUCUUUAAUUUUGGAUGAAAAUGGUUAUGUAGGAAUAACAGAAAUUAAAAGAUCUUUUUUAGCAAGUCCAGGUGUAGAUCCUAACUUACUUCCCAUUGGAUGGGUAGAAAAUCAUUACAAAUGGAUUGUAUGGAAAUUAGCAUCAAUGGAUAGAAUAAAACUAGGUUAUAUCAUUCUACCAAGAGUUCUGACUCCUGCCAGGGUAAUGAUGGAAUUGAAAUAUCGUUAUGACAGGGAAAUUGAUAGAUCUCAAAGACCGGCUUUAAGAAAAAUAUUAGAGAAAGAUGAUGUUGCAACCAAGAGAAUGGUUUUAUGUGUGUCUUCUAUUAAUGAAUGUGAUGAUUCUAAUAUCGAAAACAAAAAUCAAUUAAAAAUAUCAUCCAAAAAAUUGAUAUUAACAGAUGGAUGGUAUAGUGUUCAAGCUUCAAUUGAUCAGGCAAUGAUGAAACAUAUAACGUCUGGUAAAAUAAAAGAGGGAACAAAAUUAUUAACAUAUGGAUGUGAAUUAUUAAAUUGUGAUCAAGGAUGCUCACCUUUGGAAAUUGCAGAGAAUGUACGUUUAAAAUUACAUACAAAUUCAACAAGAAGAGCAAGAUGGGAUAUGAAGUUAGGAUAUACAGUGCCAUCGGGACCAAUGUGCACUAAAUUAAAAACCAUUUAUCCAAAUGGUGGCUUAAUUGGAAAAAUUAAAGUUAUAGUUGCGAGGGUAUAUCCAAUGUUAUAUCAUGAAAAAACUUCAGCAGGAGAAUCUAUUUUUCGAAAUGCUAGAUGCGAAGAGAAAGCUAACAUUAUCUAUGAAAAGGAAUGUCGGUCAAUGAUAGAAGCAUUUUAUGCUAAAGCAGAGAAAUAUUUUCAUACUAGAAAAUGCAAAAGUAAUUUAAAUACAGACAGUAUUGAUAUAGCAGCAGUUGAAUGGAAUGAAGAUUGCGACAAAUUAUUUAAAGAGGAAUCUCAUUCGGAACAAGAGCUAGAGCAAUUAAAGAAUGAUUGUCGCAUGAAACAGGAGAAAUUUAGACAAGAAUUAGAGUCUCGAUUGCAAGAAAGCUUACCUCUACCGCGACAGGUUACACCUCUUUUAAAAAUUCGCGUAAUUGAGGAAGAAACAAAUGCUAUUCUUUCAGUUUGGUCUCCCAGUGAAGAAGUUAUAGAUAUUUUAAAAGAAGGAAAUUGUAUAUCACUUUGUAAUGUUAUGCCCUCAGCAAAAAGAGGUAAUGAGUUGCUAUUGACUGCAAAUCAAAAUGCAUCAUUUAUCCAAGUAAAUAUUUGUGAUAAUAGUUUUCAUCUGAGAACAUAUACAGCAUUAUGUGAAAUAAGUAAGCCAACCUUCACUCCAGCUUAUGGAGAAUUUGAUACAGUAGGAAUUAUUGCUUCUAUUGGAAACGAACCCUAUGGUAUGAAAAAUUUUCAAGCUGUGUAUUUAGCAUAUCCACAUGCGGAUUCACCGUCUUCAUAUUUAUCAAUACUCUUUUGGCAUGGGAUAUCUUCUUAUGGUUAUGCAGAAAUUUUGACUAUAGGAUCUCUUAUUGCCUGCAGUAAUUUAGAAUGGCGUCGAGCUACAUCAUGGAAUAUACCAGUGGCAUAUUGCACAGAACGAAGUAUUUUUACGCAUAAUCCUCGAGACAGUCACCUUCAGGAACCUUUAGAAAAUUUAAAACGUUUGAUAACGGAUAUUAGUACGUAUAUAGAUACCUGUGUGGUAGAAAUUUCGGAGAAAGUACAAAAGAAAUCAAUGAUGAGAAAUAAUUUCAACAAAGAUGUAUCAAAUGAAAAUAUUAAUGCUAACAAGCAACUUAAUGAUCAUGUAUCUCAGGAAUUCCAAGGAAGGAAUUUAACAAAUAAUCAACUAGCAAAAUCUGUUGCCAUACAAAAACGGCUUGAAAAAUUACGAUCUUAUGGUGGCACGAGCUGUCCUAAUUUAGAGAUGAAAGUUCGCGGAAGGAGACAACCACUUUAAAAUGCUGAUGCAUUAAACUGCUGAGUGCGCGAGAUAAAGGUUAGAACUUUUAUCGAAAAAAAUAAGAAUUAAAUGAAUUUGGAGAUUGCUGUGUAUUUUGUUGGUAUCGAAGCCAAAGUGAUUCUGAGGAUUCUCUCCAUUCCUUCGUUAUAGUUCCUGAUUUAGCAAAAUAUGAGAUUCGGUGAGAGUUCAUGAGGACCAAUGCCUUCUCCAGGUUGCAGGUAGAAGUGCAUAUGUGAGCACUGUGUCUGACACAACUCUAAAUUGUCACUGUCGAAAAGGGCUUUGUCAAAAGAUCCUUUUUUCUUCGCAUUCCUCACUUAAGAAGACUGUAAGGUUUAUACACGUUGAGGAAUUACUCGAUACAUCACGGUUGUCCCCUUUUAUUGUUUCUAGCUACAUUUUUAUUUAUGGAUUUUUUCCUACUCAAGUGACCGUCUAAUCUAGUCGAGUAUUUCGCCAAGGAUGUCUUUAUUACUGUCAGGUCAAAAGUUAAAAGUGAUUCUUACGCUCUUCAAAUGUUUAGAUAAUGCGCGCUAUUGUGACGGAAAUAAUUAAGAUGGUGACAAUCUAUCUUCGAUUAUUAUUACAUAAAUUGUCGAAGCAAGAAGAGUAUAGUUUUUAUAUUUUUUAUUUCAUUGUUGUAAGAUAGUUUCAGUUGGAUUAUUGAAAUUUUUACGAAUUUUUACUAUAACUAUAUCUGAAUUAACUUCUAUUCUUUAAUGUUGUUGUAUACAAUGAUCUGUUCGUUGUUAAACAAGUCGUAGGUGAUACUUCAAACGACGAAUUAAUAUUGUGCGAGUAGUUUUAGUUAAAUUAGACAGUAUUAGAUUAAUGGACUGAUAGUUUGUACAAUUCUCGGCGUUCUUUGUAGUAUUUUUGGAAAUUAGCUCCGUCAAGUAACGAUCAGCUACCUCGAGGAGCUAUAUAUCAUUAUCCCCUUCUUGUUUGUUUACCUGAUACGUUGCGUAUAGAUAUAACUAUACAUAUACAUUUUAUAAAUUAUACAAUUAAAAUAAAUAAUUUAGUCUGAUUAGCGAGAAUAGGGAAGCAAUAGUUUCCUUAUUCACGUACGCAUAUCCAUUUAAGCAUACUAGUUCUUUUCAUGAUUCUUUUUUGAGUUGGUAUCGAUACUCAUUGUCGAAAUUUUGUAGCUGUUGUCCGCUACUCCUCUUGUUUCCUCUUUCGUCUUUUGGUCUGUCCUUUCAUUACCUUCUAUCUCUACAUGUGCUGAUAUCCAUAUCAAGCAAAUUCUUUUUUCUGUUAUAUCUGUCUGUUCUUUUUCCUUGUUUGGUCUUUUCUGGGUCGUUUCAUUUUUCUCUUCUCUGUUUCUAUCAGUUGCUCGGCGAUCUUAUCGAUCCAGAUGUUUUCCUCCUUCUUUCUUGUUCUUGUUCUUGUUCCUCUCAACCUGUGUGCUAUUGUAUUUAAUGUGUUUCUUGAAUCGGUUAGGAUUGCGACUUGUUUAUCUUUGUUUCGGCUUCUGCCCCUUUUUAAUUCCUCGUGAACUGUUGUUGUCACUGUAGUGAAAAUGGUUGUCCUAUUGUGAAUGCUGAUUCCGCUUUCUUUCUAUUCUCUUCCUUCGUUUCUGAUAUAUCCAAUCCCGUUAUUGUAGGCAUUUCGCUUCUUCGAUCCACCAGUGUAAUACUUUAUUGUCCAUAUUGGAUCCAUCUUUACCUUUGCAAUUAAGUCCUUAAUCAAACUGUCAUUUUUUAUAUUUAUCUCCUUUUUGUAUGCUGCUCUUAAAAUGUUUAUGCUUAUGAAGAAUUUUUUUGAUUGUUUCUGUGUUUUCUCUUAUGGUUGCUAUUUUUUUCUGUUCGAUAUUUAUUAUAAUAUACUUUAAUAAUUAUAUUCUAUAUAAUCACAUUUCUUGUGUGCUUCUCCAUGCCUUUGUUAUUGUAUCCAUGUUCUAGUAUUCCUUUCCUUCUUCCUCAUAUUUUAUCAAUUCCUCUGUUAGUUCUAUUUCAUUGUUUGGAUUGAUUUUUUUUGUAAAAUAAAUAAAUUCCGUCCUACUUUCCAUGACCAUCGUGUCAGUUUCUAUGUUCAUUAUAUUUGUCAGGGUUAUGAUUCUAUAACCUAUGACUGCUCUUAGACCUGCAUGAUGUACUUUAUUUGCUUGUACUUCAAUUCUCUCGACGGACUUGGUACGAGAAUUAGAUCCCGUAUUCUAAAACUGAUCUGACUAUUGUUUUGUAUUUUCUUGCUCAUUGAUCUCUAUUGUAGUUUUGUAGGUCGACCUUUUGUUUCUCUUUUUUGUUGUGAGUUCUAAUAUUUUGGUUUUCUCUGCCGCUGUCUGUAAGUUUAUUUCUCUUAAGUUGGACACAAAUCUGUUUACUGCUUUUUGUAAGGUUUCCUUUUCCCAUUGUGGUACGCUGCUUGUAGUAUAUAUGAUGUUAUUGUCUUCGUACUUUAGGGCUCUCACUUGGUUACUUUAUAUUUCUUUGAUAAUAUCCGUCGUGUAAAUGUUAUUCAGUAUAGGACUGAAAGUAGCUCUUUGGGUUAGUCCUUUUCUCUAUAUUCUUUUCACUGGUGUCACGAUGGGUCAAACUCCUUUUGCAUUCUAUAUUCCGUUUGAUACUCAGUGAUUAAAAUAUUUCUGUAUUUUCAUUAGGUAUCCCUUCCUUUCUAGCAUCUUUAUAAUUGGUCUGAUGGUUAACAUUGUCAUAAGUUUCUUCCUUUUUAUUGAAUCCUAUUUUAAUGUCUGUGGCUAGCAUGACCAGAUUGUCCAUUGUACCCGUUUUUUUUCUAAAACCGUCUUUUUUUUUGUUUUUUCCCCAAAAAGAAAGGCAACUGGCUGGUGUGUCGGGACGAUAAAUCUAAAAAGACGUUUAUAGGAGCUAAAGAUCGCCGCGGCACCUCUCUCAUGCAAUUCAAAAGAAAACACAGCGUUGGUGUUGUACACGGAUGUAUCGGACGUCGCCAUCGGCGGAAUUUUAGAGCAAUAUAAUAAAGAUAUGUGGGAGCCAUUAGGCUUUUUGCACGAAAGUUAGAAAAUGCACAGACGAGAUAUAGCGUAUACGAUAGAGAGCUUUUAGCCAUCUACAAGAACCUCGAGUUCUUCAGGCAUUUUGUGGAAGGCAAAGAACUGCUUCUACAAACGGGCCAUAAGCCGUUUAUAUACGCAUUUCAGAAAAAAGCUGACAAAACCGGCCCAUCACAAACGAGACAGUUUGAUUACAUCAGCCAAUUUACUAAAAUUUACUAAAUAGUGCAUGUAGACAGCGAAUAUGUGAAUACACUAAAUAGUGUGGCUGAUGUAUUGUUCAGGACCAAAAUGUUUCUCAUUAUCUCUACAGAUUAGUUAAUGAAAGCUCAAGCACAAGACAAAAAACUGGCGAAAAUUACUAUAGAAAAAUCCAGCACGUUGAAUUUUCAAAAACUAUUUUUAAACAGUUAAGAUAAAUGUAAUAUCGCGAAAUAUAUUAUUAUUAUAUAUUCUAAUAUUUAUGAUUUAUUUAGAAUGAAUGGAUUGUACAGAUGUUAAUUGGACAGAAGAACGAUGGUUGUUUAACAUGAACUAGUCACAAUAACGCGCUAUAAUCUAGAUAACUCAAUGGUUCACUUGCAACUCUCGUCACAACGGAUCCAACGCUCUCUCUCUCUCUCUCUCUCUCUCUCUCUCUCUCUCUCUCUCUCUCACGCGGACCACACUCUCUCGACAACGUAACUCGCACUCUCUGACUUCUCAAUGCACACCCUGUGGCUUCUCCACUGACAUUCAACCGUUCUAGUAUUCCUUUGUCUUUUCUUAGUCCCACCACGCACGUGUUUCGUAACCGCUCGUGGCCAGGGUCACGUAAGCCUUUUUUACGAAACUAUUCGAUUGAAGGACCGACGACACAUUGAUGGGCCGGACGCCGCCUCGGCACUCGCGACAUUGUUUAUGGUUUA